UGAUAGUUAAAAAAAGAAAAAAAAAAGCUUAUACGACUUGUUCUGAGACUGAUAAUCAAUUACUGUGAUUGGAGAAAAACAGUUGGAUUGAUCGGACGACCAGCAGAAUCUUUUAUUUGACUUUGAUUUUUGUUGGAAUAUUUUUGAGAAACUGUUUGUCAAUGGCUGCUGCUUCAUCUCCUUUCAUUUCCCUCAUCUUCCUCCUCUUCCUCGCUGUUGCUGUGGAGUUAAAACCGUCACCUCAACGAGACAACAAACAGGUUUUACACUCUCUGUUUGGCUCUCGUCUUUCAACUCUCAUCUUGGCCACUCCCACUUUUGAUGACAUCACAGAGGGAUCAGCUGGACAGCUCACCUCCACAACUCCUUCUGCAGUACUGCCUGUGAGCCACACCCUUGCAAAGCGAGUGAACAGCAGAACUGAAGCAGUCCCUCAGUUCUUUCUCAACUUCCUGCGGCAACAGACCAAGAUGAGGAGGUGGAGCCGCAAGUCGAUGAUGGGAGGGAGAGGAUGCUUUGGGAUGAAGAUGGACCGUAUUGGGUCCAUGAGUGGUCUGGGCUGUUAGACAUAUGUGUCACCAUGGUAACUACACUACGACCUAAGCUCC